AUGGUUUUGUCGAAACGAUGGAAGUUUCUUUGGAAGUUUGUGCAAAAUCUCGAAUAUGAUCACAACAUGUACCGAGAGGGUGAGAAAUGGAGAUUCUUGCAGUUUGUUAAUAGCUCUUUGCUUUCAUGUGAGACUCCAGUUCUAGAAAGCUUGCAUUUCAAACUUGGUCAAAAUCAUGGUUUUGUAGUUAUUGGGGCAUGUUAUACUAACAGCUGUGUGCGAGAGCUGAUCAUCGACAUUGAUUCUUCUUCUACUAAAAAUUUAGUCCUUCGUCCGAGGAGCUUGUCUACAGGCUUUGGGGUAAAUACACUUACCAAAUUGAAACUAAGAAACGCGAUUCUUGAGGAUGUUGAUUCUCAAAUUUCUUUUCCGUCUCUUAAGGAUUUGAGUCUUGUAUCCAUGAAAUACCGAGCUGGUGAUGAGUUUUGUAACAGGUUUUUAUCCAAAUAUUGUCCUGUUCUUGAGGAUUUGGAAGUGAAGCGAUGUGACAAUGACAAUGUGGAGAUCUUUGCUAUUAGAGUACCAUCUUUAAAGAAUUUAAGGUUAACUUCUACAUCAAAAAGAGUUAAAGGCGAUUCGCUUGGGUUUGUGAUUGAGGCUCCUUCUUUGAAAUUGUUGGAUAUUAAGGAUUAUUCUGGUGGGGUUUGUGUCAUUGAGAAUAAAAUGCCUGAGAUUGUAAACGCAUAUAUUGACGUACAGUAUAGCUGCAUUGAGAAGCUUCUAGGAUCUAUUGAUUCAGUCCAGAAACUUUAUAUAUGUUUCCCUACUUCCAUGUGUCGGCACCACCAAAUUCAGGCUAAACAUCCCGGGAAGCUGCCGUGCUGGAGUGAACCGAGUUAUAUUCCCGAAUGUCUCACAUCAAGUCUUGAGACUUUUGAAUGGGUGCGAUACCAAGGAAAACCAGACGAGAAACAAGCCGCGAGAUUCAUCUUAGGAAACUCUAGUCAUUUAAAGACGGCAACAUUCUACUACAAAUCAAUAGAUCUUAAAGACAAACGUCAGGUUCUCAUGGAGGAGUUGUCAAUGUUACAUAGGAGCUCAACUUGUCAGCUUGCAUUCAAAGAGAGUACGUGA